UGAAAGUCUCCUGCACCACUGGGCCAUUCGGCUGAAUCUGGGGAAUAAUAUCUACAUUAUGAACCACUACACGAGCGGUGUGAUCCUCUAUGGAGAGAGAGAACUAAUCAGGAGACAAAGCUUGUCCAAGGUGAACUUUGACAACUAUCGAGCCAUUUUAUCCUUUGUGAACAUUGGAAAUGUACACUGGAAGUUUCUGUACAUAAAUGCAGAUGACAGCUGUCUGUAUUUGGUCGAUCCUUCAAGAAACUCUUUGGAGCAGGAAGAGUCUGACCGUGCAGCCAAAAGAUUCCGUGAAUACUUCAAAAUGAGAAGGACAUGCUACAACAAAACAGACUGGGUGAAUGUGAGACUUCAAGGAGGAGUACUGACACAUCCAUUUCAACGUGAUGGUUCUAGCUGCGGAGUAAUGGUCAUCAUGAUGGCCAAAGCAGUAAUGGAAGCAUUCCCAAAUAAACCAGAAAUGACAUUUUGGACGACAAAAAAAGAGAUGGCCCAGGCACGAAGGACAUUUGCACAGACAAUACUUGAGGCCUCAGUUUUAGUAUUUGACAGUGACACCAACUGUGCCAUGUGUGCAACAGCGAAACCACCCAAUCCAGGACCCUCCAUCACUGACUGGAUCCAGUGUGAUAACUGCAACUGCUGGUUCCAUUCUGAAUGCCUGGACAUGACAAAUGAACAGCUCAGCAGCGCUCAGAAGACAGAGUGGAAGUGUGUGCUUUGUGUAACCUAAUUCCACAUGCAGUGAAAGGUACUAGAAUAAUCUGCUUAUAGUUAUUAUUGGUGUUUUGAGGAACACAUGUGUAAAACACAAUAUGUAUAACAUUCUUGCUUUGAGCACGUAUUUUAAGUAUUUCCUUUUUGAUUUUUUGUGUUGAUUUGUGUGAUGACAGAUAAUGAAUAACAAUAUAUCAAAAAUGUAUAAUAGUAAUCUGAGAAAUCUGUAAUAUGAGAAAUGUAAUUUCUCACCCCAACCGGUCACAGCAGAUGGCCGCCCCUCCCUGAGCCUGGUUCUGCUGGAGGUUUCUUCCUGUUAAAAGGGAGUUUUUCCUUCCCACUGUCGCCAAAGUGCUUGCUCAUAGGGGGUCAUAUGAUUGUUGGGUGUUUCUCUGUAUGUGUUAUUGUAAGGUUUAAGUUAUUAUGUAAAGUGCCUUGAGGUGGAUAUUGUUGUGAUUAAGCGCUGAAUAAAUAAUGUCUAAAACUAAA